AUGCCCCGCGGAGACGAAACACCGACCGGGCGGCGGCCCAUUCGAUCCGCUCUGGACCCGCUGUCCCAGCCGUACUUUUCUGGUCUGACUACGGCGGCUAGUAUGGCCAAGGAGGCUAUCAUGGGUGGUCUGGGAUCGGACUAUAGGCGGUCAGAGAGUAUGCGGAUACUAUCAGACUUGACUCCGGCAAUGAUGAACCCCCGAAUCAUAGGUCAAGCGUCAAGCUCGAAACGCUCUCUCCCACCAGGCGCACGACCUCACUCUCUUCUUCGGCUCCCUACUUCCCUUCCUUCCAGCUUCGCCACGAUCUCGACCAAAACCACCUCUUCCUCCCUCGCGAUCCUCGAAUCCGUCGACAAGCUCGCCUCUCUCUCAUUGGAUCAGCCCCGGCUGCACUCUCUACAAGAAGAACAGCCCAGUCUUAUCCGCGGCUUCAAAGCUACGAUCCCUUCAUCGGAGAUGGCAAAGCAGCGGCGUCGGCUCAUAAGGGGCGGAAUGGCCGAAGAGGAGUUGGGUGGGAAGAUGGGAUUGAAGCGAUUAGGGGAUAGAGCGAGAGGGCUGCUGACUGAGGGAGGGGAGGAAGGUGAGGGGUCAGAGAGUAGUGCGGAUGUAGGAGGGAGGAGGAGCCGGCGGAAAGCGAGGGAAAAGAGGCGGGCGGGGGAGGGAAAGCAUGUCAAGGGGAAGUAUCAUCUCGAGGAUCUGGUGAAGCAGGCGGAUGAGAUUGCGCAGGAUAAGGAUAAUCUGCAGACGAGAUCCGUCAGUUACUCGCUAAUACACGCCGAAAUCGGAGAAGUGUCCGCCAAGAUCGAUACCCUCGAAGAAAUCCGACGGCGGCUGGAAGAAUCCCUCCUCCAUCUCCAAGAAGAACAGCUCGAGCUAGACGACGAGCUCGAAGGCGUACAGGAGCUGAUGACGUCCCCGGAGAUGACCUCUGCGGCGGGGACGAAAGCGUUGCCGAAUUCUGCGAGUGGGCUGAGUACGAAGAGCUCGAGGCGGAGAAGAGGGCCGGCGUUCUUGCCUAGCGAGCAUGACGAUUUGCCGUCUGGUGUGGCCUUCAUGACACUGAUGGGGCAUACGGGCCCAAUCACGGCGCUGGACUUUGACGAGCCGUAUGGGAUGCUGGUCACUGCGGGGCAGGACGAUGUUGUGAAGGUGUGGGACCUAUGUGAUGGGGAGGAGAUAGGCCAAUUGCGAGGGCACAAUGGAAUGGUCAAAGCCUUGCAAGUGGAAGAUACCCUCUGUCUGACCGGAGGCGCAGAUGGCGCAGUCCGUCUUUGGGAUCUCCGACUAGUCGACGACUUCGAGGAUCGACUCCAAAAGAUGACGCAGCAUGAGGAUGAGAGGAAUGUCUUGGAUCGGAUUGCGGAGCAUGAUGAUGGGGAAGGAUUCGACUGGGAUGAGGGACCGAGCGGGUAUACGGACCAUACGGCGAUGAGCAGGCUGGAGGAGGAUAAUGGGCCGUGUGUGAGGGUCUUGGAGGGGCAUAGUAAGGCCGUCACGUCGCUGUAUUACGAGGACAAUGUCUUGGUCACCGGUUCCAGCGACAAGACGAUCCGUAAAUGGGACGUCACCACCGGUCAAUGCGUCCUGACCAUGGACAUUCUCUGGGCAAUCUCCAACCCCCCUCCACAAGCCCCGUCUGCGCCCUCCUCGUCCUCCCGCCGCAAACCUGCACUCCGACAUCGCUCCUCCACCUCAUUUGGCUCAAAUCACUAUGACGACCUCCUCCCGUCCCCGGGGCCCGGUACUGGGCUCAUGGGCGCCGGCAUGUCGGGCGCGCAGCUUUUGGCUGCGGCGACGAGCGCGCAGUUUGCGGUGCCUACCCCGCCCUAUGCGGAUGGAACGUGGGAGAUGUAUCAGGACUUUGUGGGCGGGUUGCAGUUCUGGGGGUAUGCGCUGGCGAGUGGGAGUGGAGAUGGAGGGGUGCGGAUGUGGGACUUGCGGACAGGACAAGCACAUCGCACCCUCGUCGGUCAUACUGCUCCGGUCACUUGCCUCCAAUUCGACGAGAACCACGUCGUUACCGGAUCACUGGACAAGACCAUCAGAAUAUGGGAUAUACGGCAAGGUGCAGUGGCCGAGACGCACCGGUACGAGUACCCCGUUACAGCGCUGCAAUUCGACAGCCGCAAAGUCGUCGCGUGUACAGGCGAGAACGGCGUCGAGGUAUACAAUAGGACGACACACGCACACACCAGGCUCAUCGUCAAUGGCCAUACGAAACCAGCCGAGAAGUUGCGCUUUAUCGACCGGUAUCUCGUCAGCGGGGGCAGAGAUGGGUGUGCCAAAGUCUGGUCCAUGUAG